AUGGACUCGAUAGUGAAGGAAGCAAAAAAUAUGAGAACAAUUAAGUAUGAAGAACGACAGAAAGAAGUUUCGAAAUUAGCAUCGUUCGUGGAAGAAUGUUUGGAUUUCCAUGCGCCUCACUAUCGAAAUGGCUUUUUGUGCUUUAAUUUUGGUUAUUCGAUUGGUUCUUAUGUUACCAUGCUUUAUUUGCUUAUCAAACUGCUCUACGUUGCGAAUGUGCUCGGUCAGCUGAUGGUUCUGAAUAAUUUCCUUGGCAUCGAACAUAGCCUUUGGGGCUUUAAGACGCUGCUCGAUUUGUGGAAUGGCCACGAAUGGCUCGAGUCUGGUGUAUUUCCGCGAGUAACAAUGUGCGAUUUCAAAGUGCGACGUCUGGCAAACAUACAUCGAUAUUCGGUUCAGUGCGUCCUAAUGAUCAAUAUGUUCAACGAAAAAAUCUUUGUUAUCAUCUGGUUCGUUUGGGGACUUAUUACAUUUCAAAAUGAUGUCAGGGCGCAAAAGUAUUUAUGCAGAAAUCUGUUUCAGUAG